ACAAGUAAAUCAUAUAUAUAAAACAACUUAUUUUUGAUAUUAAUUAACCAUUAUCACCUAUGGAGAUUACACCAUUGCUUAAGUUAAUUGUAAGAGUUCUCACAUUUGUUUUCCUACUAGUAUAUCUCAUCGUCAUUGCGAUUACCCAAAAUAUAAAUCGAAUUUUAACUUAUCGUUAUAUGCUCUUUACAAUUGUGAUUGGAUUUGUUCACACACUUCUACAAAUUGCCUUCACAUUAUUUCACUUAGCCUCAGGCCAAAAUAUUGGUGGACGAUUCUGGAUUCAUUUUGAGUUUUAUGGUGAUAAGGUUGCUUCACACCUACUGGCCACAGGAACAGCAGCAAGUUUUGGGAUUAGUCCUGUAGUUAACUCUGAGGAUCAAACUUUUCUAAACAAAGGAUAUUUAGUUGCCAGUAUUCUUUUAAUUGCUUUUUUGUUUUCUGCUAUUUCCUCAAUUUUUUCUUCUUUAAGCCUCCACAAUAGGAGUUGAUUAUAUUUUCCAUUUAUUUAAUUAAUUAUGUGUAGGAGUACUUAGUUUGUUCCUAUGUUACUCAGACUUUUCGAUAUUGUUAUUGUAUUUUUGUCGGUUCCUCAAAAAAUAUAUUACUUUGAAGGAUCCAAUAUGUCGGGGAAGAUCUAGGUAAUUAGGUGUGGUUCCCGAGGGAACUGAAUAGCUUUUAUACCGAUAAUGUAUUUAUAUGGAGAAAUCUAUUAUAUAUAUUAAAAUUAUUUGUUGAAAA